AAUGGAAACUGAACUCAAGCUUAGCUCUUGAUUCAUAUUUGGCAGCUCUGAUUAUUGCUGACUUAGGUAUCAGAGUGUCUAGCCCGAGGACCCACCUUGGGGCUUUGCAGGUCUACCGAAGUAAGCGGAUUGGAUCUAGAAGUACUCUAGAGUUUUCUUGCAACUACAUUGGCGCCGUCUGUGGGAAACCAAGCUAAAAGCCUUAACUAGCAGCUGUCGCGAUGGUUAACACACGCUCAACACAACACGGAAGCCUUCAACAAGGGCGUGGAAGAGGUCAAUUUCUCAAUGGGAACCCUGCAUCUCGCACUGCCCCACCCCCUACAGCCCAACACCAGCAUAUACCUUCCCAAGGGGCACUCGAAAAAAAUGGUACCCGAGAACCGAACUCCUCAAACUCCGGCCCACCCGAGCUCCGCCCCAAUCCUGAACCCUCUCAAUCUCAACAUUCUCCAAGAGCCAUACCCAUUUGGAUUCAAAAUGCCCAGUUCAAGACAUAUGAUGGCACUAAGGACCUCGAUGACCACUUGCACACAUUUUGCUCCGUUAUGCAGGCUCAGAAUGCCUCAGAUGCCUUGAUGUGCAAGAUAUUCCCCUCUACACUGCGUGGAAACGCUCGGACUUGGUACUACAGCUUGCAGCCAAGCUCAAUUAGUUCCUAUGCCGAGCUGGCGGCAUUCUUUGCAACGAAGUUCUCAAGCCAUCUACUAAUUAAAAAAAGGACCUUCGAGCUAAUGUGGGUAGCCCAGAGGGAAGGUGAAUCCUUGAAGAAUUAUAUGAAUAGAUUCAAUGAUGCAGUGCUAGAGAUCGGCUCCUUUAAUCAUGGUGUAGGGUUAGCUACACUAAUCCAGGGCCUCAAGCAUGAGAGAUUCCGCAAUAGUCUGACAAAGUACGCCUCUGCCACCUUUGAUGAAGCCAACGAAAGAUCUUGGAAGUUCAUUCAAGCGGAGGAAUAUGCUUUGUCCGGCAAACCAACUCCAAGUAAAGAGAUCAAACCUCUGACCUGGAGAGAUGAAGGGCAUAACAAGAAGAGGUUUAAAGCUACACAAAACCGAGGCCCAUUCCUGCCUAAGGUGGACAAACCCCCAACAAUUACUCCACAGCCCAUGUCGAAGCAAGUCACUUGGACUCCAUUUAUACUGCCGAGGUCACAGAUUUUAAUGCAAAUCAAGAACAAAAUGGAGCUUAGAAGGCCCCUACCUAUGUGGAGUUCCCUUGUCUCCAAAGGACGACCUCAGGCACCUCAGGAGGCAAGCAACAGAGUUGGAGUUGGCUACCAACAAGCACCACCUCCACUCCCCCCACCUUCACGCAUCAUUCACAUGAUCACAGGUGCGCUAGAAGCUGGAGGAACGAGCUCAAAACAGCAGAAGUUGUAUGUACGGGAAGUGCAACAUCGGAACCGGGUUCAGAAGAGAAAAUUUGAUGAGACAAACUGGAAGAACCAGCCCAUAACCUUCAGCUCAGUCGAUUUUGAUGGUGUUAUCACCCCACACAAUGAUCCACUUGUCACCUCGAAAUAUGACGGCCCUAUCUACAGUUUCAACAAUCAACCAGUUCCUAUAGAAGGAGUUCUCAAGCUCAAUGUAGCCUUUGAUUCAGGUCGGACAUAUGUUACUCCCUCAGUUCGGUUCUUGGUCGUAAAGAUGGCGUCCUCCUUUAACAUUGUCAUCGGAAGGCCAACUUUAAUUGAAAUUCGGGUUGUUGUUUCACAGUCUCACCUAUGCAUAAAAUUCCCCACCCCCAUGGGAGUAGCAACUCUGAAAGGAAAUCAAGAAGUGGCCCGGCACUGCUAUAUGACUUCGGUCACCUUACCUUGGAGGGAUAAGCUAGUAACUCCAGCUCCAACCCAGUCCGAGAUACCAACUGCCCAACAGGUAAUGGGUGUAGAGCUGCUAGACUACAGACCUGACAGCAAUGCUAGAGCCACCAAGCAGAAGAAGUGGAAGAGGCUACAAGCAAUCAAGGAAGAAGUACAGAAACUUUUGCAAGCAGGCUUUGUUAGACGGGUAGACUAUUGUGAAUGGGUCGCCAACCCUAUCUUAGUCAAAAAGUCAAACGGCAAGUGGCGGAUGUGCAUUGAUUAUACCAACCUCAAUGAAGCUUGCCCAAAAGACUGCCACCCCUUGCCAAGCAUAGACAAGCUAGUAGAGGCCGCAUCUGGAAAUGAAAGACUUAGCCUUUUAGAUGCUUACUCGGGAUAUCACCAGGUCCACAUGGCGCCCGAGGACGAGGUGAAGACCUCUUUCUACGCCGGAGAUGAGAUUUAUUGUUAUGUCAUGAUGCCGUUUGGGCUCAAAAAUACAAGAGCCACAUACCAAAAAAUGGUGACCAUUGUGUUCCGAGUUCAAAUCGGAAGGAAUUUGGAGGUCUACGUUGAUGACAUAGUGGUUAAGAGCCUCAAAGCAGAAGAUCACCUGACUUACCUUGUGGAGAGAUUUGAUAAUUUGAGGAGGCACAGUAUGAAGUUGAACGCGGCUAAGUGCGUCUUUGGAGUUGAAUCUGGGAAAUUCUUGGGAUUCCUAGUCUCUAGAAGAGGAUUAGAGGUCAAUCCCAAAAAAAUAAAGGCAAUAGAAGAGAUGAAACCGCCAAAGUCAAUCAAAGAUGUACAGCGCCUAACUGGGCGGGUGGCAGCUCUGCACAGGUUCAUUUCCAAAGCAGCUGAUAGAUGCCUGCCUUUCUUCAAGGUCUUGAGAUCUACAACUCAGAAAGACAAAACAGGGAAGCCCAGGAAGUUUGAAUGGACCCCUAAGUGCCAAACUUCUUUUGAUGAACUUAAAGCAUACAACAGUAAGCUCAAUCUUGAUCAGGGAAAUAGGAUAGCUAUAGAGGCUAGUUUACUACGCCAACAAAAUUUUGCAGACACCAGAAUGUUUAGGCAGGCUCAUCAAAUGGGUAGUGGAAUUGGGAGAGUUCCAGAUCACAUUUCAGCAGAGGUCAUCAGUCUGAGGUCAAGCUUUAGUAGCAAAAGGGCAGGAACUGGCGUAGUUCUGAUUGGACCUGAACAUUUACGAAGUGAGCAUGCUCUGAAGUUCAACUUUGAAGCAACCAACAACAUGGCCAAAUAUGAGGCCCUUCUACUUAGACUUCGUCUUGCAACCGAACUAAAAGUCGGAUCUCUCCAGAUCUAUAGUGACUCCCAGCUUGUGGUGAACCAGGUAAAUUCCCUCUACGAGGUUGCAGACCCAGUUUUAGCCAAAUACCUAGCUCUCGUUUUCGAGCUGGGGUACCCCAUCAAAGCCUACCUGCAAGAUGGAACCAUCCUAGGCGAUAAGCAAGAGGAGCUGAAGCUACGAAGAAAAGCAUCUAGAUAUACCUUGCUUGACGGCAUCCUGUAUAAGAGGUCCUACUCACUUCCCCUCCUUCGCUGCUUAACCCCCUAUAAGGAAGAGUAUGCCCUCCGUGAAGUACAUGAGGGUAUAUGUGGCAGCCAUGUUGGAGCUCGAACUUUGGCUUACAAGGGGCUAGAUCUACUGGGUCCUUUUGUCAAAGGUAUAGGGGGAAUGACACAUUUGAUCGUAGCGGUUGAUUACUUCACAAAAUGGGUAGAAGCACAACCUCUGUCCAGUUUGACCUCAAGAAAGAUCGAAGAUUUUGUCUUUAGUUCGAUCAUCUGUCGAUACAGCAUACCUAAUCAAAUUGUCACCGACAAUGGACCUCAAUUUAAUUGCACCUCUUUCCGAGAUUUUUGCUCCAGCUAUGGAAUUAAAUUGCUAUUCACUUUGGUCUAUCAUCCCGAGACUAAUGGAAUGGUAGAAUCGGUGAACAAAGCUAUUUUGGAAGGAAUCAAGCCAAGGUUGGACCAGCUCAAAGCCAAGUGGGCAGACGAGCUCAACAACGUAUUGUGGGCUUACCGAACUACCAUUAGGACGGCCACAGGCGAAACGCCCUAUCACCUGGCUUUUGGGACUGAGGCAGUCAUUCUUGUCGAACUCGGUGUCCUGAGCUUGAGAGUUAGCCAUUUCGACCCAACCCGAAAUGACCUGCUACUCCGGAAAGAUCUUGACCUCUUGGACGAAGUUCGCGAGCAUGCUCGACUCCGCACAAUUCCAUAUAAGCAGAAGAUUGCCAACUUUUAUAAUAAACGAGUCCUACCUCGAAGCUUCAAGAUUGGUGACCUCGUCCUCAAAAAGGCAGGACUCAUCGGCUUCAAAACCCGCUUCGGAAAAUUAGCACCGAACUGGGAAGGUUUGUAUGUAGUGGCUGAAGUGCCCCAUCCCGACACUUAUGUACUUCAAGAUGCCGAGGGUAAAAGAAUCCCUAGAGUAUGGAAUGUAAACAAUAUAAAAAAAUUCUACUCUUAAUGAAGCUUAUUCUUAUCAUUGCAUUUUCUAAAGUCAAGAUGACAUACUUCUUUUUACCUCGGAAUAAAUACGUUACAUUCAU